AUGGUGGAGAGAAAGAAGACGACCGGCUGCAUGGACCCUCACUUUUUGCUGGAUUCCGCUGUUAAAACCGGGAAGGCAUCAAGGAGGCAGGAAAUGAGGGCAGCGAGGUCCGAGGCGUUGCACAAGAGGUUGGCCUGUGCACGUUCACCAGGCCUUAGAAGCGCAGGAAGAGGUGAGCUGGGUACGCUGGCAGGCCCAGUUGUGGGCGCAUGGCCAUGGGGGGGCCGCAUCCCUUCCUCCACCCUGCAACGGGACAGACGCUGGGGGUUUUGGGGCGGUGGCCCCUUCAGAGGUGCAUCCAGACUCUCAGAGCUAAGGCCUUGGCUAAGCCGAGCCCCCCAAGGGUCGGGGGCCGCAGGUCCUAACGUGGAAGGGAGCGGACGGAUCAGAUGUUCCCGCAGAGUCCUGGUCGUCCUCGGCUCUCUGGUUCUCAUCUUUUUCACCUCGCUCUUCUUCUCCGUCUCGCUCCGGGGGAGCGUCGGAUUCAACUACUUGGAGCCGCCCGGAUGGGAGGAGUCUCGGCGGGUGAAGCUGGUGCCCAGCUACGUGGGCGCCCACAGACUGUCCCCCCCUGAUCCCCAGCAACAGAAAACAUGUGCCUGUCCUCGUUGUGUUGGAGACCCCGGGGUAUCGGACUGGUUUGAUGAAAACUAUGACCCAGAUGUCUCACCUGUGUGGACCAGAGACAACAUCCAGCUGCCCUCUGAUGUCUACUACUGGUGGGUGAUGUUGCAGCCCCAGUUUAAAUCUCACAGCAUCCAGCAGGUGCUGCUCAGGUUGUUCCAGGUGAUACCCGGAAGAUCUCCGUACGGCUCUUGGGAUCCGGGACGAUGCCUGCGGUGCGCCGUGGUGGGGAACUCUGGAAACCUACGUGGGGCUGCAUAUGGGGCCACCAUCGACGAACACAACUAUGUCAUGAGAAUAAACUUAGCCCCGACGGUGGGUUACGAGGAAGACGCCGGCAGCCACACCACUCACCACUUCAUGUACCCGGAGAGCGCCAAGAACCUGGCGGCCAACGUCAGCUUUGUCCUGGUUCCUUUUAAAACUCUGGAUCUGGUUUGGAUCACCAGCGCACUGUCCAGUGGCCAGAUCCGAUUUACCUACGCUCCAGUGAAGCAGUUCCUCCGUGUGGAUAAAGACAAGGUCCAAAUUUUUAACCCAGCAUUCUUUAAAUACAUCCACGAUCACUGGACCAGGCAUCACGGUCGCUACCCGUCCACAGGCAUGCUGGUGCUCUUCUUCGCACUGCACGUCUGCGAUGAGGUGAACGUGUUUGGAUUCGGGGCGGACGGUCGUGGAAACUGGCACCACUACUGGGAGCAGAACCGUUAUGCUGGAGAAUUCCGAAAAACGGGGGUCCACGAUGCAGACUUCGAAGCCCAGAUCAUUGAAAGACUGGCUCAAGCUGGAAAAAUCACUGUGUUCCCGGGAAAAUAGCGCAAGAACAUGCCAACUUAUUCAAGGACAUCGGAUGGAAAUCUGGUUAAGUCGUAAACACUGUGGUGUGUUGAACAGUUACAAGUUGGGGGUUUUCCACAGAGGCUAAAAAGGUAAUUUUUGAGAUGCAGCAUAACAGAUUCAAUUAAAUCACUCCCUCGUGUUAGGAUGUGGACCAUGGCUUAAGACGUGACAGUAUAUUGAUGCAACCUAUCUGCUGCCAAAAUCAUGGGGUGUACACCUCUCAUGGCUCAAACUAAAAGACCAGCACUCAGCUUCAACUCAGGAGUGAAAAAUAGUGACGUAUAGUAAGUCAAUCAAACCACGACUAUGAUCGGCACUAGACUCAGCACCGAGCGCCUGAGAGACAACCAUCCCUUUCUGUCAUAUUCUCUAUGGAUUGAUGGAUCUAAUCCCCCACCAUUUAUAUAAAUACAGUUUGCCUCAAGCAGGAAAAAGCCGCAUCAGCAGUCUAAAGGACUAUUGUUCUGCAGCUUUUUUGUUUCCAAUGGCAACAAACUGAGCUGUGGAUGUUGACCACCACAAAGUGCUGCACCGUAGGCGUGCAGACAGACAGUGAUGAAUCAUCGGAUACAAAAAGCGAGAUUUUUCAUUUCUCACAGAACCAUAAGCUUUUUGGUAGGAAAUAAUUCCUCUAAAAGACUUUACAGAGGUGAAUACUCUGUAAUCGUGACCAGUGCCGUUGUAUAAGGGGGAAAGGUGGUGGCAAUUCUAAGGGCCCACACCGCCACACACACACAGGCAAUGAAUGGGGUGGAAGAAGCCACACCGAUAUUCUUUCAGGCGGCCCAGAAUUCUUAUAACAACUGCCCUGCGUGUGAUUGUGAUGGGUUUUAAAGUCAGCAGGUGACUGCUGGAAGUUUCUAUCAAACAUUCCAACACCUUGCAAAGCCUCGCAGAGUAUUUAAACAUCUGACUAACCUUCUGGGAGGACGUUGAUUUGACUGCGUGAGUAUUUCAUGUUUGGAUGAAUGCAGGCUGGUUUCUGGAUCAGACUUUUAGUAAUCCCCAUGUGGUUUGUCACGGCCUAAUUUAAGAGUUGCAGCGCAGCAAGAACACAAUUUGGUUUGGGGUUGGUGUUGUUUUGUGAGUUAUGCUGUGACUUAAUGCUCCAAGACAACGUCACCACAUUUUAAAAGGACAACAACUUGACUUUUCUAUCCCGGAAAAUGUUGCUACUUCCAGAUUAGUGCCCAUUUGACAGCGUGGAAGAAGACUAAAAAAAACACGUGAAUUGACGUGAAUUCAUUGAACCUGACAGCCUCAUUGACUGCUAGCCCUGGUAUCUGCCAUUAAAACACUCUCUGGGGGCGGUAAGAGCCACCAGAUGCCUUAGAAAUUACCAUAUCACAUGCACUUCCUGUUCUGUUUUUCAGCAAGACGUGUCACCUUUGUUUUGAUUGUUUUACAUGGCUUGCUACUGUUGCCGCUCUCUCAAAUGUGUUCAAGUGUAUUUUAAGUGUAUUUUACAUUGAUGUUAAGAUAUUCAACAGUUGGAAAAUGUCUACAUUUUUGCUACAUGCAAAUUAUCUGUAGCACUAUUAACUGUCUGUUAAAUACAUUAGUCUUACCCACAGAAUAUUUCCCAGCAUAUUAAUUCCUUUGUUUCCUGCCUUUUUGUCUUUAGCUUUGUA